AUGGGCAAGAUUUCACAAGAUCAUGCGAAGUUGGACUCAGACACAAUUGCAAAUGCCAUUAGGCCGUUGGUCGAAGCAGACCCCUCGAUAAAGGUGAAAUCUGUUAUUGCAGAAGUUCAAUCUAGGUUCAACUACACUGUGAGUUACCGCAAGGCUUGGUUGGCAAAGCAGAAAGCUGUCGCAAUGGUUUUCGGUGAUUGGGAAGUUUCUUACCAGACUCUGCCAGUAUGGUUGAAAGCAAUGACUGUGAAGAUGCCGAGGUCUCGUGUUCAAAUAAAAACGCUCCCUGUUUACCGUGAGAGUGAGGAAGUUCAAGGUGUAAGAGUUCUGCACCACGUUUUUUGGAGCUACUAUCCGUGUAUUGUAGCAUUCAGACACUGCAAGCCGCUGGUGCAGGUUGAUGGCACGCACCUGUACGGAAAAUAUAAAGGUGCACUUCUGGUUGCAGUUGUACAAGAUGGGAACCAAAACAUUGUGCCUAUUGCAUUUGCGACAGUCGAGGGCGAGACGGCAGACGCAUGGGAGUUUUUCCUAACCAAUUUGCGGAGAUAUGUUGUCACCGUCGAUGGUGUGGGUAUUAUUUCUGACCGCCAUACCUCCAUCGACGCUGCAAUAGCUCGCACCAAUGGUGCAUGGUCACCACCAAGAGCGUGGCACAUGUACUGCAUCAGGCACAUCGGGUCCAACUUCUUAAGGAGGUUCAAAGCUCCAUAUUUGCAUAAACUCGUGGUGAACACAGGCUAUUCUAGGACGGAACAGGAGUACAACAAAAACUAUCAAAGACUUAAAGAGCGGGGUGAGGCAUAUACUCAAUGGUGCGAUGACAUCAGUGUUGAGAGAUGGGUGUUGGCAUUCGGUGGUCAUCGUUGGGGACAUAUGACGACAAACUUGGUAGAGUGCAUAAAUUCUGUCAUAAAGGGUGCACGCAACCUUCCUGUGACUACCAUUGUUCGGUCCACUUUCUAUCGGCUGAAUGAAUUGUUCACUCGGAAGAGUACUGAGGCUCAUGACCGUCUCCGCAACGGAUUCACGUAUUCAGAAUUUGCAAUGAAGAGAGUUGAAGAAAGCUUCCGACGUGCAGGAAACAUUGUGGUCAACCGGUUCGAUAGGCGCAACGAGAUAUUUGAGGUUCACGAAAUGAAAGAUGGUACCAUUUACACUGUUAACCUUGCGCAACGACACUACGACUGUAGUCAUUUCCAGGUCGAGCGACUUUCAUGUCGCCACGUGCUUGCAUGUUGCGCCAACCAGCGUCUUGAUUGGCAGCUAAGGUGGCUGCCAAAUGCAACCUCCGAUUUGCUCUGGCAGGUUGACAAACACAACCUACGUUUUGCCUUCUCCAAAGCUGGUCAAAAGUGA